ACUUUUUGUAUUUGAAGCGAGUUAUAAUCAUAAUCCAGUGGUAUUUAUUGGUGAGUGAUCGCGGUAAGCAUGGCAAAAAGAAACCAAUUCAUACUGGAUAUACAAGCAUGAAGAACACUUUCAAUUUAGUAAUAUACUUAAUAUGUAUAAAAUUAGGAUACUUGAUAACCAGUGCUAACUCCCAUGGUCUCAAAUUCUUAGUGAUUGGGGACUGGGGAGGCACCUCAGAGUUUCCCUACACUACGGAAACAAGUGUUAGCACAGCAAGGCAAAUGGAACAACUAGCUGAAAAGGAACAUCCAGAAUUUGUGUUGGCACUUGGUGAUAACUUCUAUUUUGAUGGAGUAGAAACAGUCAAUGAUCCUCGAUUUCAGGAUACAUUUGAAAAUGUUUUUACAAGUGCCGCUAUAAAUAUACCUUGGUAUCUUAUAGCAGGCAAUCAUGAUUACCAUGGCAACGUUUCAGCACAGAUCGCCUACACAAAAGUAUCCAAACGAUGGAACUUUCCUCAUCUGUAUUAUUCACAAUCUUUUAAUAUACCUGGAACCUCUGAUACCAUUGAUAUACUGAUGAUAGAUACAGUGUUGUUAUGUGAAACAGAUGACAGAGAACAGAGGGACAAUCAAUGGGAAUGGAUUGAAAGAAAUCUCAAAAAUAGCAAUGCCAAAUAUUUAUUCACUGCAGGUCAUCAUCCUAUUUAUUCUAUAGGCUGGCAUGGUGGACGUAGUUGUUUAGAAGAUAAACUGCUGCCAUUACUAUAUAAAUAUACAGCUAAUGGUCAUUUCGCUGGUCAUGAUCAUUGCUUACAGCAUUUACAGACGAGUAAAGAAAACGUGACUUUAGAUUUUAUUGUUUCUGGUGCUGCAAGUUACGUGGAUAGUAAUACUGACAAUAAAGCGGAAGUUCCAGAUGAUUCUUCUAAGUUCCAUUUUGGUGAUGAGGACAGUAAAGGUGGAUUCUGUUUUAUAGAUGCAAACUCUGAUAGACUCAAAAUAAGUUUUGUGGAGGCCAAUGGUGAUGACCUUUAUCAGACUACUAUCUUUCCCAGGUACCUAUGAUUAUGGCGAAUGAUUAACCCUUUUCAACAAAAGACAAAUUGAUCAGUUGAAUGGAUGUGUUUUUGGUAAAUUGGAUUAGAAUUAAUCGGAAUACAUGAAAUAUUCCAAAGAAUAAAUCAAGUAAGAUAUAUUGAGACAACGGACCAAACCAAAGAAUAAAUCAACUAAGAAAAACAAGUGAGAACUGUCUUACUGUCAAUGUAUGGGCUGGAACACUAUUCCAGGAAUAUGGAUGGCAAAACUUAAGGUCAUAGCAAAUAAUAUUUAUUAAUGUUGUAAUACUCUUGAUUAAUCUGACUAACGUGGGGUCGGGUGAGGACGGGAUGGGGGAUAAUGCCAUCAACAUGAUGCAUGUAGUUACCCAUUGCUGUUCAUUUGUUGGGCUAUGUCAAUCUAGCAUUGAAAUUGCCGAACUUGCAACUUAUUGCAACACAAGCUUUUCUUAGUGUAAAAUGGAGCAUGGACUUGUAUUAGCAACGUACUAAAAGUAUACCUUAAUAAAAUUUUAUGGAAAGGGUAUUUUCGGGAUGUUUUUAAAAGAAAUUCGUAAAAAAAGUUAAAAAAAAAACCCCGGAAAAUUGGCUUUUUUAUGAAUUGUGAGGGAAAAUGAAAUAUUUAUUGUAGCACGGACAUGUAUUAACAAUAUACUAAACAUGAAAAAAGUAUAAUUUGUAAAAAAAGAAAGAGGUAUUUUUGGGAACGUUUUAGGAGAAAAUUGUCACAAAAACCCCGAAAAAUAUGGAAUAAAAUAAAAAGAAGGUAUUUUUGGGAUGGUUUUAAGAGAAAAUUGUCAAAAAAACCCCCGAAAAAUAUGGAAUAUAAUGAUAAUAGUAUAAAGGUAUCAUGUACAAUAAAAUAACUGUGAUCUGUUUAUAGAAAUGUAAAUACUUUAAUUUUGAAAUUAAAAAACUUGUUUGUUUAAAGUGUUAUUUUUUAAAAUGUAAAUGGUG